AUGCACUUUGCCAUAUCUCUUCUCGCUUUGCCAAUCGGUAUCUGCGUAGCAGAACCAAUGUUCGUGAUACACUCUACACAUCCUACGCCUACUCCUCCAGCUACAGUCACAGACGGCGAACAGCUUGCGGAAUGGGAAAGCUCCUACACGUCAUCAUUGGAAAGCGCUUGGUCUUCGUACAUAAGCGCUGAACCAGCGAAGCAUAUACACGCGGCGCUCAUGAUCUUGGAUUACGCGGUCACGGCGACCGAAGGGGAGAUACAGUCCUGGGCUACAGCGGACAAAGAGGAGACGACCUUCGUCACAGAUACUCCUGCGUGGUUCUCGGAGUUGCCAAAGGAUGUGCAGAGCAUCAAGCUAGAAGAAGGAAGGGUGCUCGCAGCGCUGAUGGCUGGCAAGGAAGCAAUAGCACCGCAGAAGACAGCAAUGGCGCCGCGAGAGACAGCGAGGGCUGCGCUUGGCGUGUUGGCGGGCGUCGCUGUCGCAGCAGCGGUGAUCUUCCUAUCUUCGACGAGGCGGUACCUUUUCUCCCGACCUCGUACUGCAACCGUUUCAAGGCCGACCGCGUUAUCGCAGAUCGCAGCGAUCACGGGGUGCGCUUUCUCCGGAUUCCCCAAGGUUGAGUUGAGUUCGGCUGGAGACGUUGCCAUGACGCAGGUUCAGCUACCGGGCUCGUCUUAUCGUCGCACUCGACGGGAUGAACCGUCUGGGGUCAGCGCUACGCGGAAUCACUCCGCAGAGGCAAAUCGCAACGACGACCAGGCAAAUCGUAACGACGUCCAGACAGCGGACGUCUGCAAGCAUGCUGGAGCUGGAUUGCAUUCGCAGCACUCGUGCAGUUCCGACAGCUCGUUUGCGGGGAUCUGA